AUGUGUGGUUUCAGUUACAUCACUCUCAAACUCUGGCAGUGUGUUCUGGGUCAGUUCACGACGCAUUUAAAUACUUGUACAUGGUAAUUGAGUAAACGGUAAACAGUGAUGUCGUAUUGUCGCCAAGAAGGGAAGGAUCAGGUUCUCUUUGUCACGAAGGAGGACCAUGAGACCCCAAUCAAAGAAGAACUCAAGUAUCUUGCUGAGGAGGAUGAACCCGAAGGUUUGAUCCUUGCUAAUGGGGAUAUCAACUGGAACUGCCCUUGCCUUGGUGGCAUGGCCAGUGGUCCAUGCGGGAUGGAAUUCAGGGACGCCUUCUCCUGCUUCCACUACAGCACAACCGAACCCAAGGGGUCCGACUGCAUAGACAAUUUCCGCACGAUGCAGGAGUGCAUGGUCACCUACCCUGAACUGUACCCUAUGAAUGACAAAUCCGACCCUGACGAACCUGCGGAUGUUGUACCGGAAGCUUCACAAGACGGGAGUGAAAGGGAUCAAGUACCGGUAGAAAGCACAAUGGACAAAGAGAGUGUCAGCUAGCGUGAUAGGAUACAGAAAAGUGCUGGACUUGAGGGUUGAACCAUUUUAUACCUGAUAUGAUUAUUCAAUGAAGAGUUGUCCUAGUAUUGAACAGGUUGGAUGCUGUUGCUGCUGUAGUCACAAACAGAGGAUGGAUUUUCAGCUUGAUGUGGGUAUCAGAAUGAUGUUUAACAAUGAUCAUUGUCAUGUCCAAUAUCUCAUGCUUCAAAAGAAUCAGUACAGUGGAACUUCAUUAUGAAGAUAACUGUUAUAAUAAAAUUGUUAUACAUGUACAUGUAACAAGAUAAUUUUCCACUUCUAUGUUUUGUACAUGUACAUGUACAUACUAUAUAGCCCUGAUGUAAUAAGGUUUCAAAAUGCAAUACAACAAGCAGUUUUCUAGUCCCAAGAGGUUUGUUGAGGUUUCCAACUUUUCGCUGCACUCUGUUUUAGGCUUUCAUAUGGACCACAAUUUGAACACUGCUUU